CCCAAAGAAAAUGACAUGAAGAAAUUGGACCACGAGAGUCAAUGAUGAGAAUUCAGUGUUGGCUUUCAAGAUAGUUCUGAUGCGAACUGCAUAUUAACCAUACAGCAAUUGUAUUCGAGACUUAGUUCUCUCAUUUUGUCGUCGCCUCUGAAUACAUACAAUACUCUCCCGAAAUAAAUAGAUUAUGUUCUGUUAGCCAUGGCCUCCCAUCCUACUUCAACACCUAGUCCUGCCCCCGAGGUAGCAGAAGCUGCUUCUAAAAACAAGCCGACGCAAGACAAUGUGUGCCCUGCUCCUGUUCGCCGUCCUCGACCUCAGAGGCCUAAUUAUAGACACAUCCAUCGCUUCCCUCUCCCCCUUGCCGUUCAUCCGUUGCCUCCUUUGAUUCCACAUAAUCCUCUCUCCAUUAUCAGUGUCGUGCUUUCAUACUUGACCUACUUGAUUUCCCCGCCGCACCAGGAGCUCUACUCUGCCUAUUUUGACUCGAAUACGUCGUCCGUGCAUAUUACGGAUGACAAGACAAUCAGAGCGCUAUGGGAGAUGGGCUUCUUUGGCAAGGGCUCGCUGAGUCGGAGUGAACCCAGUUGGUUAGAGCGGGAAAAGAAGAGAAGGGGUCAGUUCGGUGGGAAGACUAGUGAGGAUGUCACGCGGGAGAGAAGAACGGAACGGCGUGAGCUGAAACUCGAGAGAGCGCGCAUGGAGAAGCUUGUCAUUGAGCAGCGACUUCAGGCAGAGGCUGCCGCCAAUGAAAACGGUAAUGCAUCGCCUGACUUGGAGGCAGACAGUACUAGUAAUGGGACUGCCACUACUGCGGAAAAAUUCUCUCUCCGAAAGGCUCGUGAAGCAAGAAUGCUCGGAUCGCAGCAGUCAGAGGAGCAGAAUUCGGUGGCUGAUCCCGGGAAUGCAUCGUCUGGAAGGAAAGUUUCUACUCCUGGUAAAACGGUACGGUUUUCACCGGUCGUGCAAGAGAAACAGUUUAUCUCUGAUUCCACCGUUCUACAACUGCCCGAGUCACUCGUCGACGGACACAAGGCUGACGAGGAAUCUCUAUUAAAAAAUGAGGAACACCUUCAGCUGUCCAACGAAGAGGCCCUCUUUCUUGCCUACGGACUUGGCGCCUUACAGGUCUAUGACAGUGACCGAAAAACUACAAUUCCCACAUCUUCUCUACUCACAUUAUUCCGCCAACACUCAUACUUCCCUCCCCGGAGCCCAGCCGCAAACCUGGACCCAGACGACCCUUUCCUCGUCUCCUAUGCGGUGUACCAUCAUUACCGAUCUCUUGGAUGGAUUGUUCGUUCUGGCGUGAAGUUUGGAGUGGAAUAUCUUCUUUACAACCGCGGACCAGUGUUCUCGCAUGCUGAGUUCGCCCUCGUUGUUAUUCCGUCGUACGACCAUCCGUACUGGUCUGAAACUGAAGAGCGCAGAACGCAUGCCGAAGAGAAGCAGGCGCGCAGCUGGUGGUGGCUUCACUGCGUCAACCGCGUACAGGCGCAAGUGAGGAAGAGCCUGGUAAUCUGCUACGUGGAAGUGCCACCUCCGGGUGAUGCUCAGGCAUUAGAGAAUGAUAUCGGGGCUUUGCUUUGUCGUUAUAAAGUGCGGGAUGUCACGAUCAAGCGAUGGGUUCCCAACCGGAGUCGGGAUUAGACUUGUCUCCCUCUCUGUUACUUGACUUGUUGUACAUAGCAUAUCUUUAGACUAGUUGGAUGGCUUUGGGGUAUUGGUUGCUCUUCCACUGUGUAUAAAUACAGCUGU